AAAAUUAAAAUUUACAUCCAGCUAGGAAUCAAAUAGGUUAUGCAAAAAUCCUGAAUUCUUACGACAAUUCGCGCAUGAACUUUUUCAAGAAGAAUAACCAAAGAUUGUCCCAGCAAGAUGAUGAAACACGCUGUUAUAUUGUCAGUACUCUUACGUGCCACAUUAGCUGCGGGCCCUCUACGUAUAUACAAAGGGAAAAACGACUCAGAAAACGAAUUCCCUUUUAUUGUGCUGUUAUACUUAAAAACGAUUCCACAAUUUACUUUUAGAAUGUGUACUGGAAGUCUAAUUGCCAAUACCUGGGUGCUCACAGCCGCACACUGCUUUAUGACGGAUUUAGAAUUGGCUGUUAGAUAUGGAGAUUUUACUUUACCACCAAGUGAGACAUCAUUAAAUACUGAUAUAAUAAAAACAUUCGCUCCACCGACGUCUCAUAUUCCAGCGUUGUCAGGGAACGGAUGGGAGAUGGCGCCAAGAGAAGACUUAGGAUUGGUUUUAGUUGAAAAAAUUCUAAAUAAACCCGCGAAACUAUUAGCGUUAGACUAUAAAUCUUUAUUCGGCCUGCGAGUGAAAUUCGCCGGUUUUGGAAAAACGAAUGGCACUAUAACUGAACCUUUUUCUAUGAAUAAAACGAUUCAGCUCGCUGGGACGCCUCUACAAAUUGGUGAAGGUAUUGUAAUUCCUUGCAAUAACUUUCGAGAUGCUGGUACGGUGGUAUGUGUUGCACCGAAGUGUUCGAACAGAAAGCAACUGGCUCUUCAAGGCGAUUCUGGAGGGCCACUGGUGCUCAACGGUACAAUAAUUGGCGUCGUCAAAGGAGGCCUGGCUCAUCAUAAUUCUGUGAGUGGCGCAUUCACUCCUGUUAGUAUUUAUUUGCAUUGGAUAAAACAGGUCGUGAAUUCGAACGGGCGUUCGGCCGAAAGGCCGCCGGUUCGAAAGCCGAAUCGUGCCUACCACUAAGGGUCUUGGAACAUAAUUGCACCACGUAUCCUCGGAUAACCAAUCGCUAGGAAAACAUCGUGAGGAAACCGUACUAAUAACCUAAUAACCGGACGG